AUAACUUUCAUAUUUCGCCUGUGACAAUUGAACAGUCUCCCCUGUUCAUCUACUGGGCACAUAGGUGAGUUGUGUAGAUGAUGGUGGGAAGGUUCUUCAUUCAUCUCGAGAGAGGUUGCUGUGAGAAGUCGAACCGACGACGACGCGUUAAUACCGAGGCCUGCCCAAGGUUUGUGGCAGUCGCAACGGAUACGAAUGUGUUUCUUAACCGCCAGCGUCCGCGACAUUGUUGUUGAUGAGAUGAGGUCGCAUUUAAAAGCGAAUCCUCCAAAGUUUGGGGUCACAUAGAGUUUUAGUAUCUAUACCUAUCAUUCAUAUCAAACAACAAGUUGACCUACCGGAAACCGACAUGGCGCCCGUUAACCCGCAGGCCGUCAACAAGUGGGCUGGGCGCAUUGUCCCAACUUUUCUUGCUGGCACAGUAACAUACGCAACAUAUGUAUUUGUUGCGCAACUCUGUGUCAACUUCCUUCUCAGAGGCCAUAGGCCGCGCCCUGGCAUAUCCGCUGCCCUACUCGCGAUAUACUUCGUUUUAUUUCUUUUCAUGACAAUCACCUAUGGGAGGCUCGUUUAUACUGUCACUGUCGACCCAGGGUAUCUGCCGCUGGGGCCCGCGGCAAAGAGAUAUAACAAGGCCGACAAGAACGUUUCGCAGGAGAAUAACAGGGUAGCCGGCAGAGCUAACGACGCCUUGGGACCUGAAUAUCCAUCUUCAGAGGCUGCGAUAGCCAGAGACGACGGUGCAGACUCUCCUGGACUGGAGCUAUUUUAUACGAAAGAUGUCUUUGUCUGUUCCCAAGAUGGACGCCCCAAGUGGUGUAGUGAAUGCGCCAACUGGAAACCAGACCGAACGCAUCACUGCAGCGAUAUUGGAAGAUGUGUCUACAAGAUGGAUCAUUACUGUCCAUGGGUUGGUGGGGUUGUCGGAGAGAAUAGCUUCAAAUUUUUCGUCCAAUUUGUGGCAUACGCUUUCCUCUACUGCCUUUUCGUGGUGGUUGUCACGGCAAUAUAUCUCAGUGAGGAUUUGUCAAAUACAUCGGAACUGAACGGCCACUUUGUGGCUCUUGUCGCGGUCUCCGGAUUCUUUGGCCUUUUCACUUUCGGGAUGACAUGCAGCUCACUACAGUUCGUUUUCGCAAACCUCACGACAAUCGAAAACCUGAGCAAAAAAAGUCGUGCAUGGCUACUUGCUGUACUAAUCCCGCCAACAUUCACUUUUCCCCAACAGGGUAAUUAUCCGCAUAUCACCUACCCACUGCCUCUCCCGGAGAGUGAGAAAUCAUCACCUACUGCACCAUCAUCACCAGCAUCUCCACCGCACAGCGGGACCAUAAGCGAGCCUGAGACUUUAUUGGAACGAGACGCAAGAGCAACUAGAACGUUCGCCAUUCUGCAGCUCGCCGUUGGGCGAAACCCAUGGGACCUUGGAGCAGUUGGGAACUGGAAAUCGGUAAUGGGGAACAAUUUCCUGGACUGGGUGCUACCGAUUAAGCAGUCUCCAUGUCGCAAUCAUGAGAGCCACGAAUCUCAGUUCGAAACCGGUCGUUGGGUGGAAGAGUUGCUCGUCGAGGUGGGCUUCAUGUCAGAACAAGACAUGCGGAAACCACUCCCGUUCAGGGGAAGGAAGUUGAAGGGCCCGAAACGGAAUAUUAUGGAGAAGAGUGGGGUUGCGCCGGCGAUGACGGCUGAGUGCAUACCGAGAAACGCACAUUAAUGGAGGAGGACCUUCUGCAUUACGAUUAAUAGGUUACUUAGUCUGGCGUCUUUGGUGGGGGUUGUUAAGCAUGGAGUUUGGCAGGGGAUUGCAUUGGGGUAAUGUUGUUGUGGAUAUCGGAAGUGUCCCAAGGGCCGUGAGCACCACCCUAUAGAAUGGACUGAACGAGAGAAGAGCUAUAAAUAUUUGAUGAC